AUUAGCUCGAGCUGCUGCAGACAUCGCGCGGCUAGUAGAGGGGAGACUCUUCCACCGACGGCGGCACGCGAGGGUCAGGGAGGCCCGGCAGCACGCACGAGAGGCGCAGACUCCACAGCCCCGCGCACCGCUCAGGAAUGCUGAGAGCACUCGGAGACGGAGUGACCGAACGGAUCGAAAGAGCGGGAAUAUCAGGCGGUCCCCUCACUGACCAGCCGGGGCGCAGAACCAAGCGGAACCUCGUCUCUUUAGAACCCUGAGGAACCCACGGACCACACACACCUGCCUCCUCGUCUCAGGUAGAGCUGGGGCUCGGUGAGUGUGUGUGCUGUGACUGUGAAGACCCCCCAUGGGCCGUACCACAUGCUAAGGUUCGGGAGCGGGAGUGGAACUGCUUAAUGAGGUCCCUGGAGGUUAGCUCUCGCUGUCCAAGGGAAAUGAUUCCGCAUGAAGUGCACGGAUCACAUUGCACCCUCUCCAGAAGCCUGUCCACCACCACCUCUAUCCCAUAGUGACCACACACACACACACACACACACACACACACCACCACCACCUCUGUCCCAUAGUAACCACCACACACACGGAGUGCACAGCCAGCACUGACCGCCCCACACACAUACACACACACUCACACACUCACACUUCUCAAAAGCAGCAGGGGUUCUCACGAGAGUUAGAGAAAGAGAGAGAGAGAUAGAGAAAAAGAUAGAGAAAGAGAUAGAGAGAGAAAUAGAGAGAGAGAGAGGGGGAAAGGAAAGAUCCAUAAUCUACUGUGUGAAGGGAUUAUUACUAGAUUGAGAGAGUAAGAGAGAUAAGGGGAGAGAGAGAGAGAAAGAGAGAGAGAGAGAGAGAAGGGGAGAGAAAGAGAGAAAGAGACUCAUAAGAAGAACAGACAGAAGGUCACACAGAAGUGCACACACACACACACACACACACACACACACACACACACACACAGACAGCAUGAAGUCGACACAGGAGCGCAGUAACGAGUGCCUGCCCCCUAAGAAGCGUGAGAUCGCGGCGAGCAGUGUGUGUGAGCAGCGUGAGCGCGAUCGCCCCCUGGUGGUGUCCUCGGGUGGAGACGCGCAGCAGCGCGGGGAGAACCUGGCCUGGCUGGCCAACGUGGUGAGCGUGCACGAGGGCCGGGAGCAGCGCACGAGCACCAGCACGAGCGUGCACGAGGGCCGGGAGCAGCGCACGAGCACCAGCACGAGCGUGCACGAGGGCCGGGAGCAGCGCACGAGCACCAGCACGAGUGUGAACGCCUCAACGCACAGCACCGACGGACCACAGUACAAACCCCUCUCUUCCUCCUCCUCCUCCUCCUCCUCCUCCUCCUCCUCUCUCUCCACGCCGCACGGCCUGCCUCUGGCCUGCACCUCCUCCCUCUCACAGACAGGGGGCGCCCUCCACUACUCGGCCCUGCCCCCCAACGUGCACUUCAUCACGCCACCCUACGCUGCCCCGUACGCUAGCUACAUCUCCCCUCUUCCUCCUCCUCCUCCUCCUCCUCCUCCUCCUGCCGUCUCCAGCGCCUUGCGCUCCUCCUCCUCCUCAGGAGAGGCCACUUGCACCUCCUCUUCCUCCUUCUCUUCCUCCUCCUCUUCUAAACUGGACCAGCAGCACCACCAACACCACCAACCCCACCACCAACACCACCAUCACCAGCAGCAGCAGCAGCAGCCGCAGCAGCAGUCCAAAGGGUCCGGCCCGGUCCAUUCCACUCACUACCUGCCGGUGACCAGCAUCGCCACCUCUGCCCACCACACACACCACACACACACACACACACACACACACCGCCACUCUCCUCUACCCACCCAUGCCACCCACGCCACCCAUGCCAGCCACGGCCAGCUGGUGCUGCAGUACCCCGACCCUCCACCGGGGCCCAAGAGGGAGCUGGUGAACGGCGAUCUGGAGCGUAAGCGCCGGUUGGGUCCGUCCUCCUCCUCCUCCUCCGAGUCCAGCGGCGCCAGGUUGGGUCCGUACGAGACCCUGCGGAGCUCCUCCCCCAUGCUGCUGCCCCACAGCAGCUCGGACGACACACUGCCCUCGAUAAGGCCCGGCGAUAAGGGCGGCAUCUGUGCGGGCAGACCCGUCACACGCACUCCUUCCUCCUCCUCCUCCUCCUCCUCCUCCUCCUCGUCCUGCACGCAUGCCUUCCUGCCCCCGCGGGCGGUGGAGGGGUUAAAGGGGGUGUUCACGGCGGGGCGCGGGCCCAGCGCAGCAGCUCUGUCUCUGGGCUUCUACCAGCAGCAGCCCCUCAUCAUGGGGGGGUACGUGGGGGCGCAGACUCAGCUGGGGGGGUACCACCACACGGGCACCCUGCCCUCCCACCUGCUCACCGCACCCCUCAUCAUCCCCGUGGAGCCAAUCAGCACCAGCCCCGCCUCCUUCUGCUCAAGCCCCGCCUCCUUCUCCUCAAGCCCCGCCUCCUUCACCUCAAGCCCCGCCUCCUUCCCCUCCUCUGGCCACACCUUCCUGGCGCCCG